AUGUCUAAACAAAUUGAAAAGAAACCAAUCAGUUUUGCAAAUAUCGCUUUAGGUGCUGGUUUGAACCUUGCUGAGGCUACCACUUUAGGACAACCAUUAGAAGUCGUUAAAACUACCAUGGCUGCUAAUAGAUCCCUUUCAAUGCCUCAAGCUGCUAAAUUAGUUUGGAGCAGGGGUGGUGUUUUGGGUUUUUAUCAAGGUUUGAUUCCUUGGGCAUGGAUUGAAGCAAGUACUAAAGGUGCUGUUUUAUUGUUUGUUUCUGCUGAAGCUGAAUAUCAAUUCAAAAAAUUGGGUGCCAAUAAUUUCGUUAGUGGAAUGGGUGGUGGUAUCACCGGUGGUUUGGCACAAGCUUAUUUGACUAUGGGUUUCUGUACUUGUAUGAAAACUGUUGAAAUUACUCGUGCUAAACAAGCCGGUACUGGUGUUCCACAACAAACUUCAUUCCAAGUUUUCAAAGAAAUUUAUAGAAAAGAAGGUAUAAGAGGUAUUAACAAAGGUGUCAAUGCUGUUGCUAUUAGACAAAUGACUAAUUGGGGUUCAAGAUUUGGGUUCAGUAGAUUAGCUGAAGAAGCUAUUAGAAAAAUUAGUGGUAAAAGUGAACAUCAAAAAUUGACUGCUUGGGAAAAAAUUGCCAGUAGUGUUAUUGGUGGUGGUUUAAGUGCUUGGAAUCAACCAAUUGAAGUUAUUAGAGUUGAAAUGCAAAGUAAAACAAACGAUCCAAACCGUCCAAAGAAUUUGAGUGUUGCUGGUGCUUUCAAAUAUAUCUAUAGCCAAAAUGGUAUUAAAGGUUUAUAUAGAGGUGUUACCCCAAGAAUUGGUUUAGGAGUCUGGCAAACAGUCUUCAUGGUCGCCUUUGGUGAUAUCUUUAAAAGAAUGUUAAAUACUGACGGUGCUGGUCAUUAA